GAUGGUUCAAGAAUGCCACAAAAUAAGUGAAGGAAAAUUGGAAAGGUUUAGUUGUUCAGCUGAAUGUUGUGGAAAUGCUUUAGAUGGACAGACUUGCUGUGGUUUCUUCGAUCAGUUGAAUAUUUUUGCAGCUAUACCAGAUUCUGCUCUACAAGAACGCAAGCGUAGUAACAAUUUGACCGUAGAAGAUGUUACAAACGAAAGCCAAGCCUAG